AUUUUGCAUCACAAAUCUUAUUCUCUUUAAAGCAAAGAUGGAUAGCGAGGUACAGAGGGAUGGGAGGAUCCUAGAUCUGAUUGAUGAUGCAUGGAGGGAAGAUAAAUUGCCAUAUGAAGAUGUGGCAAUCCCAUUGAAUGAGCUUCCUGAACCAGAGCAAGACAAUGGUGGAACAACAGAAUCAGUAAAAGAACAAGAAAUGAAAUGGACUGACUUAGCUUUGCAGUAUCUUCAUGAGAAUAUUCCUCCAUCAGGAAGCUAGUCCAUUGUUGAUAUCUCACGCAGUGAUUUCUCUUCAAAUAUACUUCUCACAGUCCUUUAUGGAGUUCUUUCAAUCUUUGUUGUGAUGGAAAGAAAGUUGUCACUGAUUCCAUUCCUGGAGACAUGCCAGAGCAUAACAGCUACCCAUAAUCAGCAUGCGCUAAGUGACAACUGAUUACAAUAAAAAUUCUUUUAAAGCUCUCA